CAAUCAGAUUUCGCGCACUGUAUGGUGACCAUUUGUUUAUGGGCUGUAUAAGGAAUUUAAUUGCAUGAGAGGAUUUAAUCACGAUUUUUCGGAUGUGACAGUUAAAUUAUUUUGUCAAAAGAUGGCCAAUUACCUGAAACCAGUUGCAGCCAUUUUGCUGCCAAAUAUUGGAGGAUAUCUUGGUAGUUUUGUAACAAGAGCACAGACAAGACCCUCUAAACCUGGGGAGAUUACAUGGUAUCAGGCAUUGAAGAAACCAUCAUUUCAACCUCCGUCAUGGCUGUUUCCACCAGUUUGGACGGGCUUGUUCUGUUCUAUGGGGUAUGCAUCCUACAUGGUUUACCGUGACGGUGGAGGGUUUGAAGGUGAGGCUGCUCUACCUCUUGCUUGCUAUGGGACAAGUUUGGUACUCAACUGGGCAUGGUCACCUAUCUUUUUCAAGUACAAGAAACUUGGUCUGGCAUUCGCUGAGAUACUAGGAUUAUGGGGCUCUAUUGUUGCUACUAUGGCAAGUUUUUACCAAGUGAAUCCAACAGCAGCGUAUAUACUUAUACCGUACCUAGGCUGGGUCAGCUUCGCAAGUGUAAUUAACUUCUGCAUCUGGAGAAACAACAAAGACAGAACAGACUAAAUAUAUAGAAACACUUACGAUAUACUUAUGGAUAUAGAUAUAAAUUUAUCAGUAACAAUAAUGCCAUUGUGCUUCAAACUAGUUGUGCUAGAAACAAUUUUUUAUAUAUUACUGCAAAAUCAUAAAUAAUCGUGGGGUACUGAUUUUUGUUAUUUUCAUGGAUAAGUCUAUUCACAAAUUUAAGAUCCAACGAAAUUUAAUUUCUUUUGCUGUAAGAUUAUUUGGCAUCACAUUAUUUAGUUUUAUCUUUUGGAAAAAUAAACAGUGCACAAAUUUAA